AUGCGUUUCUCCCUCCUCCCCCUCCUCCUCGCCCCGCUGGCGACCUUCGCCAGCCCAGUCCCCAUAACCACACCUGAGGGCUACACCGUCACCUGCUACUAUGACGCCAGAGCCGCCAUGUCUGUCGGCAUCGAAGCCAUCCUCUCCGCGAACGAGAACGACGACAGCGUGCUCGACUACCCGUGGGAGAAGAUGAACUUUGGCGCGGUGCUGCGCGCGAACGGCGACGUCAAGGUGAAGGUCUCGACGGCCGUAAGGGAGGCGAGGGACUAUAUUGUUGCGAACUGUAAGCUGCCGGAUGAUGCGGAUUAUGGCGGUUUGGUGGAUUUGGGGAGUCAUAGGGUUAGGUUGGCGGCGCCGGGGAGGUAG